GGCGUCCGCCCCCGCGCGCCCAGCGCCUCCCGCCCGCCCUCGUCGCCGCCCAGCCGGCCCAGGCCUCUCGCGAACAUGGCGCUUGUCCCCUGCCAGGUGCUGCGGGUGGCAAUCCUGCUGUCCUACUGCUCUAUCCUGUGCAACUACAAGGCCAUCGAAAUGCCCUCGCACCAGACCUACGGAGGGAGCUGGAAAUUCCUGACGUUCAUUGAUCUGGUUAUCCAGGCUGUCUUUUUUGGCAUCUGUGUGCUGACUGAUCUUUCCAGUCUUCUGACUCGAGGAAGUGGGAACCAGGAGCAAGAGAGGCAGCUCAAGAAGCUCAUCUCUCUCCGGGACUGGAUGUUAGCUGUGUUGGCCUUUCCUGUUGGUGUUUUUGUUGUAGCGGUGUUCUGGAUCAUUUAUGCCUAUGACAGAGAGAUGAUAUACCCGAAGCUACUGGAUAAUUUUAUCCCAGGGUGGCUGAAUCACGGAAUGCACACAACAGUUCUGCCCUUUAUAUUAAUCGAGAUGAGGACAUCGCACCAUCAGUAUCCCAGCAGGAGCAGCGGACUCACCGCCAUAUGUACCUUCUCUGUUGGCUAUAUAUUAUGGGUGUGCUGGGUGCAUCAUGUAACUGGCAUGUGGGUGUACCCUUUCCUGGAACACAUUGGCCCAGGAGCCAGAAUCAUCUUCUUUGGGUCUACAACCAUCUUAAUGAACUUCCUGUACCUGCUGGGAGAAGUUCUGAACAACUAUAUCUGGGAUACACAUAGAAGUAUGGAGGAAGAGAAAGAAAAGCCUAAAUUGGAAUGAGAUCCAAGUCUAAACCGAAGAGCUAGAUUGAGCCGCCAUUGAAGACUCGUUCCCCUUGGGCAUUGGCAGUGGGGGAGAAAAGCCUUCAAAGGAAGCAGUGGCAUCAGCACCCACCUCCCCCAAUGAGGACGCCGUUUAUGUAUAAAUAUGUAUAAAUGUAGAAUACAGUUGUUUCCAAAAGAAUUCACCCUCACUGUGUUUUAAAGAAUUCUUCCCAAAGUCAUCAUUGAUCGUAACAUUCUUUCCUUUUCUAGUUUUAAAACCAAAAUUGGACAUUGGAUUUUUAUUUUGGCAAUUUAACUCCAUCUUAUUAAGAAAGAAAAAAAAUUAUUGCACUUCUUUUUGAGAACUGUGUUGAAGUCAAAGGGGCAGUUACAGAGUAAGGCCUUUGUGUAUUUAGUCCUAACGGUGGCUGUAAUAUGAACCUAGGCCACCAAGGGGACCGGAGAGGAAAGGGGACAGAUGUUUCCCAUUGCAAUAAUAUCACAGUUACCUCAAAUGAGCACUAUUUGUAAUAAUGAUGUCAAUUUCAUUAAAGGCCUGAGUGUAUUGCAUCUCUUCAUUUCAUCAUGUGGAAAUUUGCCUAGAUGCAAAUUCUGACUGUAAUAAAGACCAAGCAGCCCUGAA